CGGGUACUACUGCUGCACGUACCUCCCCCAGUCGCAGCUGCCCUUCUUCCCGACUUGCGGUGCACCUCGAUCUUUGUGAUCCUAGUCCGUUACCUCUUUUUCUUUUUUUUUCCCAUUGCCUGCAGCCCGGGCACUUUCCAGCAGUCCUGUCUCGGUCCCUGUCGCUCACUGACCGUUCUUGUUGUUUCUAUCUAUACCAGCCUUACUGCUGCGCUUCUGCUUCCACCCGCGGCGGUCAACCACCUUGCCGCCGCCUCCUCGCGCUUGGCUGGCUGGCCCUCCUCCGUUGAUCGGUACUCCCCCCAAUUCAUGGCCUGCCGUUGA